CUUCUCUUUAGCAAGAAAGCUCUCCCCUUUUUUCAGUCUCCAAGCUCUCUCUUCUGCGGAACUUACGGUUUUGUCUCUGUAGAGUAGAAGCACGAAGAAAGAAAAAUGAUAAAGAGACGAUUUUACAAGCUUGAGCAUGGUGAUAAAGACAGUGGAUCCGAUUCAUCUUGUUUCUCUUCUGAUUCUGAUCCUGAGACGGAAGAAUCAGAAGAAUCUGAAGAAGAAGACUCUGUUGCAGAAGUUUCUGAAGAAGAUGAUGAAUCCUCAGAUGCUGACGAAGACGCUGAUGUUGAUGAUGGUGAUGGUGAUGAUAACUCUGAUGCUGAUGACUAUGGUGGGACAUUGGAGAAGAUGUCAAUGAAUCGUUAUUUAGAAGAACCACCGGAAGAGGAGGAAGAGAACUAUAUUCUAGGUUGCAUGAUACAAUCCAAAUCGGUUUAUAAAUGCAGAUAUUGUCCAACAGUUGUUUGCUUGAAUGAGACCACAAUGCAAGCUCAUGUUUCAUCAAAGAAGCAUGCUCGUAUGGAGAAAUUAGUGAAAGAAGGAAAGGUCAGAACUGAUGACGAAGAAUUUGAAGAUCAAGAGACAGCAUCUCAGGAGAAGCAGAUUAAAGGAAACAGAAGAUCACAAAGACAGGGAAAGAGAUCCCAAAAACAGGAAAAGGGCUCAUCAACCAAACAUGAAGAAAACGAAGAAGUUGACGAUCCAGAAACGCCAUUUCAGGAGAAGCAGAUAAAAGGAAACAGAAGAGCACGAAGAGAGCAUAAGAGAUCACAAAAUCAGGAAAAGGGUUCAUCGACCAAACAUGGAGAAAAGGAAGAGGUUGACAAUCCAGAGACCCCAUCUCAGCAGAUAAAAGAAAACAGUAGAGCACGAAGACAGCGUAAGAGAUUAGAAAAACAGGGAAAGGGUUCAAUAACAAAACAUGGAGAAAACGAAGAAGUUGAAGAUCCAGAGAUGCCAUCACAGGAGAAGCAGAUAAAAGGAAACAGUAGAUCACAAAAACAGCUUAAGAGAUCAGAAAAACAGGAAAAGAGUUCAUUGACCAAGGAAGGAGAAAACGAAGAUGCAUCGCAAAAGUCUAGAAAGAAAAGACGUCAAACUAAGGAUUGAAACCGGUGUAUAUCCAGCAAUAUGGUAGGCCAGAAAGAUUCAUCUUUCUUACUUGGAUAUCGAUGGAUAGAUGAAGAAAAAUAGGUUGAAAGUGAGUUGAUUGUGUGAUUUUUAAACUUCUAGUUUGGUCUACAAAAUAUGGUGCUUGUUAUAAACUGAUAUGAUUUUGAUGAAUUGAGUUAUACAAUUCUUGUGUUUCUUAA